GGUCGAUACCUUCAAACUGCUUCCACAAUCACCAAGAUCCCCUCGACCAAGGUUUUUAUCGACCGGAAGACGUACCUCUGGGGUUGUACAAGCUUCCCCUUGACUCAAGAUUCUUGGUCUGGGUGGUUUGCGCAAUCGAGGAACCCUUUUGCCCCCGUUUCCACCAACCAACCAAGCAACCCACCACUUCCUCCCGUCCGCCACCAACUCUCUUCCCUCAGCGUUCCGAUUACCCGCAUCUACCACCGAAAGAAGAGGGUGGCUUUUAUCAUUUCUACUGAAUCAUAUACCGGAGGAGACGCCAUCGAGUUAUCAAGAGACGGUCCUCGAUUGAUUCCUCGGUUGUACUCCCGACGACGAGCACCAUGUUUACGCGACUUCCACGCCUCGCGGCGCGCAGCUCGCAAACCAUCCUUUCCAACACAUCUCGAUCGACACCGCUGGUGCCUUUCACGACGCGGACGACGCCAUUGCGUCUGGCGAGCACCCACUCGGCCGGGCACGACGACCACGGCGCACACGGACACGCAGCUGCGGCAGGAGGAGGAGGAGACCACGGACACGGUGGUGGUCAUGACGAUCACUUCGACCCUCCCGGCGGAUGGCUCUGGGGCCAAAGACCUGGUGAAAAGUAUGAAAAGGAAGGUUGGGAGGGACUAGCCUGGGCCUUUGUCGGCUGUUGGGUCGUUGCCAUUGCGGCUUAUACCAUGAAGGAAGAUACUUCGAUACAAACUUGGGCCCUAGAGGAAGCCCGACGAAGAUUAGAAAAGGAAGGGUUUUAUGACGAGUCAAAAUAAGAGAAGUUCUCACACAGGCACACACACACGCGCGCGCACAAAUACCUACCUUGGGUAUGACCUGACCAAAGAAGAUCUUUGGCCAUGGAUUGGCCCUGAUGAACCCCGCGAGAUUUCUUACUUUGUAUGAUGGCUCAAGAGAAGAGCGAGAGGACAUUAGGUGGCUGAGGCUGGGCUGGCGAAUUGAACUGAUUUACCAUUGCUAUCAUCACACUGUGCAAGAAAUAGAAAAAGAUGUAUGUAUGGGUUUGCACAAGGUAAUAAUGGCAUUGUUGCCGUUGUGACACCCACGUUUGUACUCGUGCACUUUUUUCCCUUCUCUUAUUUUGCGUCUUGUUUUCUUUGUUUUUUUUUUGACAACAAAAGAAACCCAACCCCG